AUGGCAGAACCAUCCACCGCCGAAACCACCUCCGCCAGCGAUGCUCAUCCGCCGGCGCCGGCGCCGGCUUCCUCGUCGCUCAACGUCGUCGGAUUAACGAGCGACGAGAACAAGAAGCCUUCUCCCAAGUUCUUGGACGAGCCUGAAGACUCCAACAUCCAAGCGGUUUCGUCCGGCGACACUCCGUACACGUCAGCUACCACCUUCGAAGAAUUGAAUCUCUCACCGGAGCUUUUGAAGGGACUCUACGUGGAGAUGAAGUUCCAGAAACCUAGUAAGAUCCAAGCCGUAACCUUGCCUAUGAUCUUGAAUCCUCCGAAUAGGGAUUUGAUCGUACACGCGCAUAACGGUUCCGGAAAAACUACGUGUUUCCUUCUUGGUAUGCUUAGUCGAGUUGAUCCAAAGUUGCAGGCUCCUCAAGCUUUCUGCAUUUGCCCAACCAGGGAGUUGGCUAUUCAGGGUGACUUAGUCAUGGAUAUGGGGACAUAUGAAUUGGUUUGUGCAGAGUAUUUAGGAUCUGCAGUUGUAGAGCCAGCUUGGUUGAACUAUUUCAGGGAAUGGGGUCCAAAAACUGAUUACAGUAUAGAUGAUGAGUUGAAGAAGGUGGAGAAGUUGUUGCCUGGGAAGCUAAAAUCUGCUUUUGAAAAUUUUGUAAAGAGUUUACCAAAGGAAGUGCUGGGAGCGGAAGGACCCACAGGUCCAAAGGUGAAGAAUAAUUGGAGUGGUGAUGAAGCAUGA